CAGGGUUGUCAUUGUCACAAUGAGCAGCAGCGACAAGAGUGUGGCGGAAACCAAGCGGUUGAACGACGACUUGGAGAAGCGGCUGUACGAGUUCGUGUCCAACUGUGACGAUGGAAAGGGGGAUGCCAGUGCCUGCCACAGCUACGGCGAGUGGUUGGCGGUCGUCGACAAGAAGUACGGCGAGGCCGCGGCAGUGUACAAGAAGAACUGCGACACAAAGAACUACGCGGCAUCUUGCUUCAACUACGGGCGCCUUCUGAUUGCUGGCAAGGGAGUUGAGAUGGACGACUUCCAAGCAAAGGCCGCCCUAGAAAAAGCGUGUAAUGGGGGGCACAUUCACGGAUGCCAUCAUCUUGGCCUCAUGUACCUCAAUGCAUUGGGUGGAGAGAAGGACAUUUCCAAAGGCAUUGAAGCGAUUGACAAGGCGUGCGCGGCGGGCGAAGGCGGCAGUUGCUUUCGCUUGGGAAGCAUGUACCUGACGUCUCAGUCCAAGUACGGGCUCAGUCGGGACGUGGUCAAGGCCAAGGCGUACCUGGAGCUGUCUUGCGAUGCCAACUACGCCCCCGCGUGCCACAACCUGGCUGUCAUGUACAAGACGGGGGAUGCAGGCGUGCCUAAGGACGACGACCUCUUUCACAAGUACAGCCUCAAGACCAAAGCACUGGCAGAACAAAACAGCGGAGGGGUCGCGGGAGGGUUAAAGGUGGCAUAGAAUCCAGUCACCUUUCAAUGGUCCAGAAGUGUAUAACCUAACCAUAACGAUAACGUUAUGUCGUGAGCUACCAGCUUACAAUCACGAGAGAUGCAGAACACCAUGCCCUCUUACAAUACCUA